UGCCCUCUCUUUCAGUCAUCUCUUGCUCUCUCCAAGACCAACCUAUAGAUUUUCCCUUCAAACCCCAGAUACUGUGAAAUGGCUAGAGAGCAAAGUCGGUACGGUGUGAUCAGCUCUCGGGUUGCCAUUAUCGGGGCAGGAGUGAGCGGUUUAGCUGCUGCCAAGCAGCUUUCCCACCUCAACCCGAUAGUUUUUGAGGCUACGGACUCAAUUGGAGGUGUCUGGCGACACUAUUCCUACGAAUCCACCAGACUCCAGUCCCUCCGAUGUGACUAUGAGUUCUCGGAUUUCCCCUGGCUUGACAGGGAUAACUCGAGCUUCCCUUCCCACACCGAGAUUAUUGAUUACUUGACUGCUUAUGCUAAGAAUUUCAAUUUGUUGAAGAACAUCAAGUUUAAUUCCAAGGUGAUGGAGAUUCGGUUUGUCGGCGACGGGAAGCCGACCGAUAACUUGGCAGAGUUCGGGAACCUGUUGCCGGGGAAGCCAGUUUGGGAGAUUGCCGUGCAAACUGACAGCUCAGGGACCAUCCAGUGGUACUCUUUCGAAUUCGUCGUAACCUGUAUCGGGAAGUACGGUGAUAUACCGAAAAUCCCAGCAUUUCCAUGCAACAAGGGACCAGAGGUAUUCGAGGGAAAAGUCUUGCACACCACUGAUUACUCGAAACUUGACAAGGAGGCUACUACUGAGCUGCUCAAGGAAAAAAAGGUUGUGGUGAUUGGCUUCAAAAAAUCAGCCAUUGAUUUGGCAUUGGAAUGUGCUGAGGCUAAUAAAGGACCAAAGGGUCAACCGUGUACUAUGAUAGUUAGGACACUGCACUGGACUGUUCCACACUAUUGGAUUUGGGGGUUACCCUUCUUCUUGUUCUAUUCCACAAGGUCUUCUCAGUUCCUCCAUGAAAGGCCCAACCAGAGCCUCCUUAGGGCCUUCCUCUGCUUCCUCCUGUUUCCGAUGAGGCGGGCGAUAUCAAAGUUCAUCGAGUCCUACUUGCUUUGGAAGCUUCCACUGGAGAAGUAUGGGUUGAGACCAGAACACCCAUUCGAGGAGGACUAUGCGUCCUGUCAAAUGGCGAUAAUGCCGGAGGAGUUCUUCCCACAAGCGGACCAGGGAAAGAUAGUGUUCAAGAGGCCUUCAAGAUGGUGGUUUUGGAAAAAUGGGGUGGAGUUUGAAGACGGCACGAGGUUGAAGGCAGAUGUCGUGAUCUUUGCCACUGGCUAUGACGGGAAGAAGAAGCUCAGGAUGAUACUGCCGGACCCUUUUAGGAGCUUGAUGGAGUUUCCUUCCGGUAUCAUGCCCUUAUACAGGGGAACGAUCCAUCCGUUGAUCCCGAACAUGGCCUUUUUGGGCUACGUGGAGAGCGUCUCGGCCCUCCACUCCUCUGAGCUCCGAAGCAAGUGGCUAGCUCGGCUGCUGGGUGAGAAGUUCAAGCUCCCAAGUGUGGAGAAGAUGCUCGAGCAGACGACUAAUGAGAUCCAAAUCAUGAAGAGGACAACAAGGUUCUACAAGAAGCACUGCAUCUCGACUUUCAGCAUCAACCAUGAUGACGAGAUAUGCGAGGAGAUGGGUUGGACCUCUUGGAGGAAGAAGAAUUGGGUGUUGGAGGCUUUUAGCCCUUAUACUAGUCAGGACUACAAGGAAGAAAGGGAAGCAGAAUACAAAAAGAAAAAGUAACUAUAGCCACACAUUCUACGGUUCAUCUUUGCUCUUCCAUGCCUGGAUUUGAAUUCCUUUUAUUUUAUCGUAUCGUAUCUUAUAGAUGAAAUAAAUUUUUAUAAUGUAUUGAUUUUGGAUGGAAGAAGGUGCUAAAAUAAAUGAAAAGCCACGCC